GGGCGGUUUUUCUCAGGAAGAAGUCUGGUUUUGUGAAAGUAGUUGGCAGCUGGUUCCAGUACUAAACGCUUAGGCUGACAAUAAAGACGUUACGAUGAGUGCAGAUCUAGUGUUACAUUUUGCUAAUUUUAGCACCUUAUGUGUGUGCUUGGUGCUCAAAUUCCCACAGAUGUUUGUUCUCAUUUCAGCUAAAUCAUCCAGAGGCGUUAGCUUGAAAAGUUUACUGCUAGAAUUGACGGGGUACAUUGUGGUUCUCUCAUACCAAAGUUACUAUGAAUACCCAUUGUCAACGUACUUGGAGUAUCCCAUGCUUAUUGCUCAAGAUGCGAUUCUUCUGUUGCUGGUGUUCUACUACAAUGGAAAUCUGAACCACUGUCUACUCCCUGCAAUUCUAUUUAUUGCUGGAUGGCGUCUUGUAACUUUUCAGAAGUGGAUUAUUGAUUUGGCCAUGAGCCUGUGCACCUUCCUCAGUGCUGCUAGUAAAUUUGCACAGCUACAGUGUUUGUGGGAAACCAGAGAUGCUGGGCAAGUAAGUGCCCUGACAUGGGGCAUGGCCAUAUACAGCAGUUUAGCAAGGAUUGUUACUGCAUUAAUGACAACAGGGGACUUUCAAGUCCUUGCAAGGUUCCUUAUUAUGCUACUUCUCAAUGCCUGGGUUAUGGCCACCAUAGUGUACUACAGGAGAGUAGGAAAGAAGCAGGAGUAAUUCCAGCCUUGUACACUGUCAUUCAUCAUGGACCAAGACGGCAUUAAUAACCAUUUAUUCUAUACCAAAUAUUACUUGAAAUGGCUUUCCCUAAAUAUUAUUUCAGAAGCAAAGGCAUUGUACAUGUGCAUUGUCUAUGUUGUUAUUUCUUGUAACAAUAUUCUCAGCGUUGACUUGCAUAAUUUUUAUUGCAAAUCAGGCCUGGAAUAAUGCCUGUAACAAAUAAUUGGAUACCAGACAUAUAAUCAAGUUAAUUGAUUACUAUUUUUUUAUUACAUAAAAACAAUUUGAAAUAAUGCACUUUUUGUAAUUUAUAUGCACAAGUAUUUAAAUGUAUAGCAAUGGGCUUUUGAUUAUAGCAGUGCUUAAAACAUAUUUAGAUGAGUUUUUAUAUGUUCAUAUUUUCUUACAGCUUAAAACACUUAACUAGCUAAGCAAAACUGCAGUUUUUCUGUCUCUGAAAAAACUAGUUAUCUGCAGCUUCUCGUAUCUUGGCGUCUGGGCAGACAGCCAGUUAGCAGGUGUCUAACCAAGAUGCGUGGAGGAGGGGAAAAUUAGUACACUGUGUGAAAACAUAUCACCGCAAACAACAAACCAGUUUGAAACAUUUUGUAACAGCAAUAAAAAUUGGGUAUUAGGUUAGUAAAGGAAAUGGGGGUGGAAAUGCUAAUAUAUUCAUAGUAUUUAAUGUAAUGUUUUUGUUUGAAUUGUCAGUCAAUUCUUUGAUUUGAGUAUUUAUAUAUAUAGUUAAAACUGUAUAUAUAGUAUUACUUCAAUUUGGCGCCGCCCUCAUAUUAAAGACGCUCUCGUAUUGACGCUGCAGUUAUACAUCAGCUUAAUAAUAGAGACUGCCCUCAAAUAAACGCUGCUAUCAAUAAAGAAACAUCAAUGUAUUUUUUUUCUCCCCCUGCUAAAAAAAAACAAAAAAAAAAC